UAGAAUACAGGAUGGAUCGGAACCCAAGGGGGCUGUGUAUGAUCAUCAACAACGUCGACUUUGAGGGAUCAGACGAACCCCGCCUAGGAAGUGAUAAAGACACAGGUAAAUUGGAGCAUCUGUUCAACGAACUUCAUUUCCAGGUGGAAGUCAGGAAGAAUCUUACAGCCAGUGACAUGCUUGAUUGGUUCAAAAGAGUCAGUCUGCUUAGUCACAGUGACUAUGACUGUUUUGCAUGUUGUAUCAUGACACAUGGGGCGUUGGGUACAGUCUCCGGCACGGAUAACAAGCUUCUGCAGAUACAACAGAUCCUAGGACUUUUCACAGGAACUUCAUGUGAGAGUCUUAUCAACAAGCCAAAACUGUUUUUCAUACAGGCUUGUCAAGGCAGUAGUCAUCAAGAAGGAGUACAAGUAAGAACUGAUUCUGGGCCUUGUGGAAUAGGUGUUGGCAUACCCACAACGAUACCCAAUGAAGCUGACUUUCUGCUGAGCUACUCAACUGUAGCAGGAUAUGUCUCAUACCGUGAUUCAGCACAAGGUUCUUGGUAUGUCAAUGCGUUAGUUGAUGAGCUAUCCAACGAUCACAAUAAUACUCAUAUUAUGGACAUCUUAACUAGAGUGAACAACAAAGUGAGCGUAAUGAAUGCCCAUACAGAAUAUGGCAUCAAGAAACAGGUGCCAGCACCCACCCAUACAUUAACUAAGGCUGUGUAUCUGCGUAGUCUGGUUCAGUAAAUCCACCCUUAUAUCUGUAACUUUAUAAAAAGGAAGAGGUA